CCGCACUCACAUGGCGACCACCAGCCUCGUGACGCUGGGUAGGCAAUUCGCGCCAUCACCACCGUCGCGCCGCCGAUCGAUCGUGCGCUGGUGUCUUGGCGACCGCCACUCACAUCUGCGCACGCUUCUUUUCUUCCUCUGCAAUUACCCGUGGACCAUCGUGGCCGAUCUCGCUGCGAUCGUCCUCGUCGUGCUGAGUGUCCCCUUCGCAAUCUUCGUCAGCCUGCAAGCCCGACCUCCACACAAGUACACCGAACCUGCUCUCCAACGAUGCAUGGGUCGAUGUCUAGACGUGGCCUCGCGGAGUCUGUCGGUGUAUUGGCGCGUUGAACUCAGCCUGCUUGCGCUCGUCGAUCCGACUGUCUCCGGUGACCCUCCGUCAAGGCUUGAACCUGGCAACACCUCCAUAGAGACGAUUCAGUACGUUUCCAUGUACAUCCUGGCGUGGAAAACUCUCGUCGUGUUGCCGGCCACGACAGCGCCGCUAUGGAUCUGGUGGCUAGGCGUGCAGUCCCUGCUCGUUUCUGGCACUUCGUUGACGGUGGAUGUGCUGGUGUACUGGACGUUGUACAUCGUCGCAGGCCUCAUGGUCGGCUCCGUGCUCUGCGCCAUCGUCGUCAAGGUGAGCCUCUACUUUCUCCGCGCCACCUUCGACGUCCACUGCGCCACCUCCUCCGCCGCAUCUCUCGACAGCGAAGACUCGCAUUUGCUGCAUCAUCAUCAUGAUGGUCCUGCCAAGACAACAUAUGAAUCGCUUUGUGACCUCAAGAGCCCCCUUCUGACCCGCGAGACUGCCGCAUCCCAUCAAACCACCACCGAUACUAUGACUGUUGAGAUUUGUAUCAACGAGGAAAACUCCCCACUUGAUCGCACAGCGACCCCCAUUGCCGCUGUGGUGUCGAGUGGGGAAAAUUCCCCUCCGCUGCCCCCACUCCCCUCAACUACUACUUCCAUCCCCACGAUCCCACUUUCCCUACAUGUGAUCGGAAUCCCCACGGUCGACACCACAACCAAUCACGAUGAUGACACUGCCGCCAUUCCCAAAAUGGAUCACUUCCAACCAUCCAUAUCCGUUGCGCCGUCAUCUCAACCUCCGCACGACUUCUCAUCGUCCCCGCCGGCCCCUCUGCCGUCCUCAUCGGGCAACGCCGAAGCAUCCAGCGCUGCCCUCGCCACCCUCGAGACCGACUUGGCCACCGUAGAAGCAUCCAUUUUAGAGUACACCAAGAUGCUCGCUCAAGGCCCAAACAAUAAACUCCGCCGUCGCUUGGAAAAGGAGCGCAAAGGAUUCGAAGAUCGCCGUGAAAAAUAUCGAAACGACAUUGCCUCCCUACACCUACACCACCACCGCCAACCACCACAAGAGCAAAGUGCAAUGUCAAUUCCCAUGUCAUCGUCGAGCCACCACCUUGCUGUAUUAUUACCGACCCCCUAUGCCCCGUACAACGAAGUCGAUCCCCCUGACAACGCCACCUUGUCCAACAGUUACUUGCCGCCCACCCACAGCUUCCAGCCCGAAUUCAACUCGCCCGUGUUCCGAGGCACAUCGGGGGCGGCCGCCGCCGCGUGGGGCUCACCAGUCGCGUACAGUCAAGCGUUUCUAGCUUCCCCGUCGUCGCUGUCCCCCACGGCAGCUGCCUACGACCGCCUCUCCCCUCCCACUGCCCCCUCCCCCUUCAUCCCCCCCCUCUCGCCAUUAUCAUUAUCAUCAUCGUCGUAUGUACCGCCACCGCCAGCAACUUUCUACCCGGGGGGGGUUCCCCCAGUCUUUCGAUCGUUGGCCCCUCCUACCUCCCAAUCCACUCGCUCUUCCGACAACUUUGUCGUCCGGGAUGGUGGUCGUGGUGAUGGUCGUGGUAAUCUGUCGUUUCAUCCUACGUUUGCAUUCGUUGCCCCCAAUCCAGAGGACGAACCCGUGCAUUUGGUGGCGUAUGCGCCCCCGUGUGUCGUGCCCGCGUCCGAGUUUUCCUUUGCCGUGUGGGCGUUUCUGGCCACCCAGCGCGACGACAUGCACGACGAAGCGUCACAGCACGACCCCGCGGCGUCGCAGCUGUCCCGUGACGUGCUGUUCCCCCUGCGACGGGGGGCGCGGGCCCACGUGUCCCUCGAGGUCCCCGCGGGGUUCUCUGUCACAGAUGGCGCCACCACACAGGCGCUGACGUGGUCUGGCUCGCCCACCGCCGCGCACUUUGCCGUCGUCGCGUCCGCCACCGUCGCCGCCGGCCAAGUCGUGUUUAAAGCCACAGUUGUGUUUGGCACAAAUGUGUUGCACUUGCGUGCGUUUGUGUUUGUGUCUGGCAACCACCAACCACAGCCACCUACAACGAGACAAGGCCGUACCAACGAUGAUAUGCUCAUGAUGCCAUUGCAAGCCGAGCUGGAACUACUCGACGAAACGUUUGACGAGAUUCCGUUUGCAUCGCUACAACUCAAGGAACUAGUCGGCCGCGGGUACUUUGGCGAUGCGUACCGCGCCGACUACAACGGCCGCGACGUGGUCGUCAAGACCAUUCGCUCCAGUGACCUCGGCACUUCGACCGACCAAAUCGUCGACGAGUUUCGCCAUGAGGCCGCAGUGCUCAACAUGUUUGGCCAUCAUCCCAACAUCGUGCCGUUUGUCGGCGCAUCCACCGACCUUUCCAAGCCGCUGACGCUCGUGACCGAGUUCGUUCCCGGCGGCAACCUCGAAGAUGGCCGCGCCGCGCUCACUUGCCGGGAAAAGAUGCAAAUGCUCGUGGAUGCCGCCGCGGGCUUUCUCAACAUCCACGAUGGCGGGUUCAUUCACCGCGAUAUUGCCGCGCGCAACUGUUUGGUGGACGUGCAUCGCCGCGUCAAAGUGUGCGACUUCGGCAUGUGCCGCCGGGUCAACCGCGCCGUCGGCGGGUCGUUCAUUCGAGACGGCGUCGGCCCGCUCAAGUACAUGGCGCCCGAGUCGCUCCAGCCGCCGUACGCGUUUUCCACUAAGUCGGACGCGUACUCGUUUGGGGUGUUGAUGUGGGAAACCCUUGCAGAGCAACGGCCGUUCCAACACCUCUCGGCCCACGAGGCCGCCGUGCGGGUGCUGGAAGGCGGGAGGCUCGACGUGAAUGCAACCAACACGCACAUGAUUCCACCAGCAUGCGCGGCGCUCAUGGCCGCAUGCUUCCAAGAAGACCCAGCCAAGCGCCCGUCCAUGCAUGCGAUUCUUGUGGCGCUGAUCCAAGCCCAAGCGACCAUGAUGACUCUGACUGGGUAUUGACAGUGUCCAACCAUCGAUAGAAUGGAAGUAGAUGUACGAACGAAAAUAUAAUAAAAAAAUUCUAAUUUUAAUAUUAAAUGCAA